GACAAACAAACAAACAAAAAACAUAAACUGAUCUAAAAAGAAUAAGUUUAUGACUGUGAUUAGCUUCGUUACAACAAAACUGAACUUGAAUGCAACACUCCGGCCGUAAAGCGCCAAAAACAGUUUAGUGACGUUAUAAUAUCAGAACUGAAAUCAGAACAGAGGAAAAUGAAUUGUUAAAAUGUGGAGGAACGUUUUUCUCCAGCAGCAGAGUCACUGCUCAAAUGGUUCAGUCCGACUCUGCCUGCAGCAGCGAGGGAGGGGGGAGGGUUCAGGGGAGCCAGAUGAUGCUGACAGUGAAAGGAGGAGGAGGAGCAGCGCACCGAGCCGCUCUCCAUCCCAUGUGUUCGGAAGAAGAAGAAGAAAAACCGAUGAUGGGCUCCGAUCCAAACAUGCGCUGCUGAAUCCACAGCUUCUUUUCUUUAAAGUGCUUUUUAAAAAGAGGUGAAGAUGCUUCCCUGCUCAUCUUCGGCGCAGAUGGAGGGAUGUGAGGAGGAGAGGGACGCUCACAUGCAAACAGAGUGCAACAGACUGACGGAGGAGAGAGACGAGGCCGAGAGACAACUCAAACACAUCAAGAGAGUGUCUCAGAUGGUGAUCGAGGAGGUGAGCGUUCUGCAGACUCAGCUGGAGAUCGAGAAGUCGUGCCGGGAGAAUGCAGAGGCCCUGGCCACAAAGCUCAACUGUGAGAACAGGAAGCUGAAGUACCUGAGCCUGUCGUCUCGGCCGUGUUUGGACGAGCUGCUGCCGAGCAUCUCGGACUGCAUCGCCCUGGAGACGGACGCAGACGCAGACGCCGACGCAGACGCUGCAGACAGCGGCGCGGACACCUUCACACAGUAUCAGCAGCAGGUUAAAGAGCUGAGGGAGACGGUGAACGGCUUGUUGGAGGAGAAGAAGAAUUUUGUUUGUCAGAUUCAUGACCAGCAGAGACGGAUAGAGGAGCUGACUGUACAGUCAGAGAAAGAUCAGGCGGAGAUGAAGGAGCUUCGUCAAACUGUGGAGCAGCAAAACAAAACCAUCAAGAGAUUCAACAGAGUUUCCAUGAUGGCGGCUCAGGAGUACGAGGGGAUGAAGGAGCAGCUGGACCUGGAGCAGAGCCUCAGAGUCAAAGCUGAGACUUACGCUCACGAGAUGCUGGUGAAGCAGAAGGAGGCUAACAGGCAGAGCAUGCUGCUGCUGCAGAGUGCUGAGCCCAGCAUCCAGCUGCUCAAAGCUCUGGAGGACGUCGCCGCCGUCACCAAAACCCUGGAGGAGGAGCGUCUGCAGCAUCAGCAGAAGGUGCAGAGUCUGGAGGCCCAGCUGCAGCAGAGCUGUGUGAAGCAGCAGCUGGAGGAUCUGCAGAGGCAGCUGGAGCUGCUGGAGGUGGAGAAGAAGGAGGUGGAGGGACGACUGGAGCGGGAGGAGAAGAAGAACGAGGAGCUGGAGAACAGAGUCCACGAGCUCCAGGAGACCCAGAAAAAGAUCGCCAUGACGACCAGCACGGAGCCCCCUCCCCCUGAACCUGGGGUGGCCCCGCCUCCCGCCCCUCCCCCACAGCCCCCUCCUCCCCCUCCUCCUCCCCCUCCACCGCCUCCUCCACCUCCACCAUCCAGAUGCAACCCCCUCAGCUCUCUGAUCGCCAUCAUGAGGAAGUCCUCAAAAGGCUCGAAGGCCUCAGUGAAGGCAGAGCAGCCUCCAGCUGCUGAGGGUGUGGACGACGUGAAGGUGAAGGCGGUGAAUGAGAUGAUGGAGAGGAUCAAACACGGCGUCGUCCUGCGGCCCGUCAAGAGUCAGGACAGCAAGAGAGUAGCAGUAAAACAGCCUCCAGUGUGUGAGGAGAAACAACAGGAGAGCGCCAUGGACGAACUGAAAGGCAUCCUGGACACGGUGAAGAGGAGCCCCAGCAGAGGCUCUCAGGAGUCGGGGCCGUCUCCUCCGGGGAAGAAGGACAGCGAGCUGGAGGUGAUCCUGAGACGCAGACGCAACAAGGCCGGAGAGGCCGGAUCUGCAGACGAGCGGGAGGGCCAGAUGAUCCACGUCUCCUCCUCCGACAGCCUGAACGGGAGGCGCACCAGCAGCGACUCGGGCAAAGAUCUGAGCGUCCCCUCCGACCCGGCUGGGCCCAGGGUCAGCCUGGAGAGACGGGGGUCGGGGCCUGGACCCAUCGUGGCCAGGAGGAAGAGCUCUGACACAGGGGGCAGAGAGCCCAGAGUGGGCUCCUGGCAGGAGAGGAGGUCCUGCAGCUCCCUGUCGGAGAAGGAGACGGCCGAGUCUCCGGUCAGCAACGGCUGCAUCGACAGCGUUCUGGAGGAUGAUCAAAAUGUGACGGAGAAGUGUGUCCAGUCAAACGGAGUCGACCACGCUGAACCCGGUGAGGACGCACACGCCGCCGUCUGCGCCAGCAGCAGUGACGCCGAGUGCUAAGAUGGACUCUGAGGAUCCCGGGUUUUGUUUCUGUGUGAUCAGAUUCAGGGUGCGAUCACACUUUGUUUUCUAGGUCAGAAACCAUCUGUAUUUAUUUUUACUGAUUUACAAUAACUACAGGAGGUGCUGUAAGGAAAAGUCACAUGACUAACAUGGAGCUGUUUUGUUGGACAGGUUUGGUCCAAGCAUUUCCUGUAAAACCAACACAUGAUGAAAAGUGGAUGAGUGUAAAUCCAGAGGUGAAAUGUUGCUCGGUGUGAACACACCCUGACCUGUGCAGCCGCUGUAGAAACAAACACACACUGCAACUGUCGCUCAGCAAUGAUUAAUUAUUAACACAUGAAAACUGUUCUUUCAGUUUAACAAUUAGAAUACAGGAGACUAUGAAUAUCUUAUUCUGUAGUUUCAAUAUUCAUAUCCACACCUCACAGUAAGUUAAACCAUUUGUAGAUGAGGUUUUCAAUAAAACACCCAGAACAGAGUGUGGAUGAUCAUCUCUUAAAAACUGAAGGUAACCCCUCAGAGGACACGAGAUGACGUGUAGUUUACCUCUGCACAUCUCUAAAACUGAAAAACAUGAAACAGUGGUGACAGUGGAUUAAUGCAACACCGUCCUUAUGUGUGCCUUCAGUUUUCAGGACACGUUUUCGACUAAAAGCGCCCUGAGUAAACCUGAGAGUGGUGAUGUUGAUGAUUAUUCUUCACAGUAAAAUCCAGCGACGGUUGAGUCCAUGUGGAGUUUUCUACAGCGGCUGAUGCUCUGAGUUGUUGUCCGGUAUCAACCUGCGGAGCAUCGGUUCUUUUCUCUGUCGGUUUCUUUAAACAAACCUGUGGAUCCUUGAGUCUCAGACUGACCUGAACUGAACGAGGGAAGCUGCACUUUUUUGCACAGAGCCUCAGUUUUCUUCAAACACUUUGACUUGUGCGACAACUGCGAAGCUUUAGGUUUAAAGUUUGUUUCUUUUGUUUUUCUAUUUGAUGCACAAAAGAUGUGUUCAGUAUCACUUUGUGUCAUCAGAAGGAAUGCACUGUACUGUACUGUUUAGAAUCCAGCUCUCCAACUUCUUCUGCUUCUCCUCCACCUUCUUUAUUCCCAGGUGUCGUGAGGGCUGCACAUUGAUUUAUCUAUGAUCAUAUUACAAUCAGCUUCAUCAGCAGCAACACUGAAACACACUUUACUUUGUUACAGGUAAAGAAAAACUACAUUAAAAUGGGAAUUUCUGAAUUGAUGUUUUAGCUCCUGUCAGAGCCUCCAGGCUUAUUUAAGUAAACUGGUUCAUCCUCUGGGGAGCAGAUAUAUAACUUCUGCCAUUUAGAUAUUAAUAUUUAAGAUGUAAAAGGCCCAAACAAACUGUGUCCACUAAUGAAGGCCAUGAGAUGUGGCUGAGAGCUCCAGAAAAACAACGUUCUCAUUGUGCAGCCCUGACCGUCGUAUCCGGGUUAUUUAGAGGAUCUCACUCUGUUUAAUCCGACCUCUUCCUGAGUGGAAACGGAGGCUGAGUGAAAACACCCAGGAACAGUUUUUACAACCAGGGUUUGAAUAACUGUCCAGGAAGCAGCUCAUGUGGAGAGAUGCUUUUCCUUCCUGCUGCCGAGGCUCCUGUCCAGGUUUCAGCGUGUCGACUAUCAGUGUGUCGUUAGGCUUUGAGGUGGAAAUCUGACAAAAUGUGACCGAUACUUCAGGUUUUAGAGGAAAAGAACAAGAGGUUUCUCCAACGACAGCAGAGACAGAAGGUGGGUUUCCAUCCAUCCUCCAAACUGUGGAGGGGACACAGAGGAAAUUCAUUUAGAAUCUGCUUCACAUCUGGAUGGAAACCCACCUCCUAGUAGCAGAAACAGUUCCAACCAAAUCACAGCUAACAGAAAUGUUCUCAGGGUCCAUGGGACAAAAUUUCACCAAACCCACUUCGGGGCCUUGAGGAGAAACAAACCGAAGCCAUUUUUUAAACUAGUGGUGAAAUAAGGAAAUGGUUAGAACAGCUUUAGAGGAAUGUGGUGCUUGUGUAUUUUGUCUACCUCUCCACAGACACCUGCCUCUAAUGUCUUCGUGGUGUUAAAUCUCAUGAGAUUCUGUCAUCGUCCCUCCACCAGCAGAUAAAAUGUCUUCCACAUGCCUUCCUCCGCUGAAUCAGAGUCCAGAGUCCUGGAUUGUUUCUGUGCUCGGUCAACGCGCUCACCACCACAUCUCACCGUGCAUUCCUUGACUUUUAUUUUGUAGGGCCUGCUGUCUAUAGCUUUCCUGACACAUGAUGCAACAUUAAGAACAAUUUUGAAGAGUAUGCAAUUACAUAAGGCACAUUUGUAUGAUGCUUUCUCACCCUGUCAUUCUUUCUUAAAACACAGAUUCACAUUUAGAAGUGCAUUUCGUUCUGUCCUUUAGGUGUAUUUUAUUCUAAUGCAGAGGACCGUGAUGUUGAGGAGUUAAUCAACUGUUAGGCUGCACAUUAAACAACCCAUCAGAGCCACUGAGCUAUUAUGCAUAUCUGGAGACGGCUGUAGGUGCGGCCUGAGCUGGGUGAUGUUUUAGGUCCUUGUACUGAUUGCAUAGUUGUCAACCAAGUGGCUACUUAACAAGGGAUUUACUGUAUCUGACAGAGUUUGGGUGACUAUAGAUAUUGUGUGUGUUUGGGAUAUAAAUGGAGUGUUAAAAGUUUUUUAAAACAUGGAUUUUCAUUUUAGCAUCACUUGAAAUAAAUUGCAAUUCAAACUAAAAGAA